AUGAAAUUUCUCGGCUCCGUGUUUAUCACUCGACGGGGUCCUCGCGUUCGAUGGAACGCAUUCGUUGACGGGCCCGAUGUCAAACCUUCAACAGGCAGCGGAAGUGGCGGAGACUUUGAAACGAUCCCGGGUGCGAGUUCGUCAACUCAUGGAUUGCUUGAAAAAUCGGAAUUGUGGACAUCGAGCGUUGGCAUGGAUCGGACGCUUCGCUCGCAUGGCGAUUUCACCCGCCCGGUCGCACGGUCACUCUUCUACCUGAAAUCCUCGAAUUCCUCGUCGCCACUCCGGGAAUCGAGGCUCCAGUGA